AUGGGAACAGAUGUUUAUGCACCAGGUAAAGCAAGUUCAUCAUGGAGAAAAUUAGCAUUAGUCACUGGUAAGAGAUAUAAAAAGAAUUAUAUAACAUUUGAAAGAUUAUUAGAUAGAACUAUUGAUAAUAUUACAACUGCUACAAGUUCAAAUAUAUCAAAUCAAAUUGUAAUAUCAGAUACAUCAACAAAAAGAGAUGUUUGUAGAGUUGUAUCAAUUAAAAGACCAGAAUCAAAUAAUGAUGCAAAUGCAAAUGAAAAGAAUAUUGGUGGUAAACCAGCAGUAAAAGUAGUUAAAGAGUUUAUACAAGAAUCAACAAUAAAAUCAUUAUCAUGGUGGAAUGAUUCAAUGGUGGCAGGUUCAAAUGAUGGUCAUAUUUAUUAUUAUCAAAACGAUCCAACCACUACGGAUGAUCCAGAAUUGAGAGAGACAUUUGUACAUACGAAAUUAAAAGGAUUUAAAGAGAGUGUUUCUCAAACCAUUGGUUCGAUGGGUUUCAAUACCUCAAUAAAAGCAGUUGCAAUCAAUCAACUUUCAACUCACCAAUUUUCAUCAUUAGAGAAUAACUAUUAUCAUAUUUGGGAUUUCUCUGAUGCAGUUAGACCAACCAUUACAUUCAAAGUAUCUGAUCAACCAGUUUAUUGUAGUCAAUGGUCACCACAUUCAAGAAAUUAUUCUUUAAUUGGCGGUUCUGAGAAUUCUAUAAAAAUAACUGAUACUCGUUUAUUAAGUAGUUAUAGUACAACAAGAAAAUCACCAACAGUUUGGUUUAAUAAUAGUGGUGCAAUAGGUGGUGGUGGUGGUGGUGGUGUUAGUGGUAGUAGUGGUAGUAAUGGUAAAAAUUCAUCAUCUUAUCAAUCAAGUGUAUCAAUUAAAGAUGUUGCAUGGCAUCCAUUUGUACCUUAUUGGUUCGCAUCAGCGACUGAUAGUGGUGAAAUAUCAAUUUGGGAUCUUCGUUCAACUUUAGAGCCUGUAAUUAGUUUUCUUGCACAUAGUAGUAGUAUUAGUAAAAUCGAUUGGUGUCCAGCUCAUAGCGAACUAUUGGUUAGUUCUGGUAUUGAUGGUGAAUAUAAAUUUUGGUCACUUUUAAAUGAACCACAUUAUAAUCUAUUUCAAAAGGAUGAAACAUCACCAUUUGUGUCGUGUGGUUUCUUUGAAAAUGAUGGGUACAAUAGUUAUGGUGUUAAUCAGUCGGGUGAAGUAUAUUAUGCAAAUGUUCAAUCCAAAUUCAUGAAUCCAAUCAUUCAUAGUAAAUUCGACAAGAAAGAACGUUCUGAAAGAAUCACUGAACGGUUAAUUUACAAUCGUGAUUUCAUCAAUGGCUUUGAGAAAGCAAUCACCCAAGCAAAUAAACAUUCUCGUGCUGGCAGUGCAACGAGUUUAGAGAAAGCUAAAAUACUUUUAUCACUUUGUUUCCAACAGAAUUUAGAUGAUACACUAGCGGAUGUAUUAAAAUCAACAAUGCCAAAAGCGAAUUGCAAAAAAGAGACAUUAGCCGAAAUUGAACAAUACGCGUACUUUAUUCCACCAACUUUUUAUGAAAAAUUCCAAACAAAGUUAUCCACAAAUUUAAUGACAAAAAUUAAAGAAUUAAAAGUUAAUUUGGAUAUUCAAUAUCAUAUUAAAAAUUUUAAAGGUGUAGGUGAUGAAAUUCAAGAUAUAGAGAGAGACGUUUUAUCAACAUUAAAAGGUGAUUUAAAUAGUAUUAGAAUGGAAACUAUUGUUGAUCUCGUCGAAGUAUUAUUAGCUCAUGAUACAAAUAGAUGUUUUCAAUUUGCAAUUCAAGUCAUCGAAUUAUUUAAAUUGAAAUUAUCUCAAAUUAUGCCAAUCAUUCGUUUAUUAUUACAUCCAAGUAUAUUUGAAAAGAAAUAUUCUUUAGGCGAUUCAACUAAUAUUUUAUUAUCAUCUUCAUCUUCAAACAAUAAUAAUCAAACACCAUUAAAUGUUAGUGGUAAUAAUAGUGUUUUACAAGUACCAUCUUCACCAUUAUUAAAAAAUAAUAGAUCAAGUUCAGUUGGUGGUAACUCAUCUUCAACAACAACAGCAGCAGCAGGAACAACAACAUCAAUAUCAUUAUCACCUUCAAUGGGUAGAUCAAAUACUACUACUACCACUACUAAUAAUAAUAAUUCUAAAGAUAAAGAAUUAUCAUCAUCAAUUGGUGGUCAAAUUAUUUAUGGUAAUGGUGAUUUAGAAGAAAUGAAAUUAAAUGAAUAUUUAACAAACCCUGAUCAAAUCAUUCAUCAAUUACAUUUUAUGAAAGGUUUCCUUAGAUUAUUAAAUAGUCCAGCUCCAAUUGGUGAUGGAACCAAUGCAACUGAUGAAGAUAUAAUUGAUUUCUCCGCAAAGAAUAAACCACCAUUAAUAUUAUCAAUGCCAAUCAUUAGAAUUUAUAUGACAAUCUUAUUGGAUAUGUUUAUUUUUGAUCAAUUUUUCAUUGUCCUUUUAAAUUGUUUAAAUGUUGUCACAGAAGAAUACGAAUUUCAUCAAUACCUUCAAGACCAAUAUGAUUUGGCAACACCAGAAUUCAUUGAAUAUAUAAAGAACAGUCAACAAAGAGAUAGAUUGAAACCAUAUGAUACUGAACGUUAUUCAACCCCAAUGUUAACUAUUAUCUCUAUACUCUAUAAUGUACCACCACAAUCAAUACCAUUGGAAUUGUAUGAACAAUUACUUCAAUCACUACCUUUGUUAAUUCAAGAGGUAGAUAAUUCACUCAUCUCUACAAUUCAACAACCUGACCCUUCAAGUGGUCAACCUGGUAAAAUGCAAUCCUCUCAAAAAGCUACUCAAUUACUUGAAUCCAUUAAAUUUAUAACAACUGAACAACCAAAACCAGUUAUUCCAUCUUCCUCAUCUUCUUCUUCUUCUUCUUCAACUAGAAGACCUGUAACUUCAUCAAGACCUUUAUCCGCUAAUUUAUCCUCACCUUCCACUACUACUACUACUACAAACAAAAUAUCAUCAGAGUUACAAGCUCAAUUACAAAGUAUUAACUCAAUAUUAAAUAAAUAUGUUUUUUAA